AUGGCAACCCUCGGAGGCUACCUCAAUAAGAAAGUCCUCAUUGUGACGUCGGACUCACGAAUCUUGGUGGGCACAUUGGAAGCUGCGGACCAGUCCACGAACCUCGUAAUACCCCUUCCCCUCCCCCCUUCACAACUCUCUCUCGAGUCUUCUGAGCUGCACCUAGCUAACACACAUCUUGCGCCCCAGGUCCUCAGCAGUGCCCAAGAGCGAGUCAUCCAAACCCCCGAGAGUGGCGAACCCUCUGUCGAAGUGCCCCUCGGCCUCUAUCUCGUCCGAGGCGACAAUGUCUGCACGAUCGGCCUGGUAGACGAGGCGCUAGACGAGAGCAUUGACUGGACCCAAGUCAAGGGUUCUGCUAUUGGAGGAACCAAGCACGUAUGA